GAUAGUAAACUUCGUAGCUACAUCCGCACACAAUUCGUCUCUAUACUAAUUUAAUCUAACAAGCAUAUAUUUUGAAAACACACCUAUAUAUCUAAGUUGCUUAGAAAUUUUCAUUAUCCUUCUGAUUUGUAAGAGAACAAAAACAAAAUGGAAACUUCACAUUAUUUUCGUCGUCAUUGCUUCAUCAUUUUGCUUCUUGUUAUGUUUCUUUCAUCGGUUUCUAAUCUUGCUUCAAAAAUCAACAACAGUUCUUUUGAUGCAAGAGGCACUAAAAUCAAUAGUGAUCCGAAACAUAUCUCCAAUUCAAAGUCCGGAGGAUCUCCUCAACGGGACAAAGAAUAUCCUCUGUGCGGGUCGAAUAACCCGUCAGAGGAUGGUAUCAUAUAUGCACCUUUUUGCGACAAAGGAUAUGUUUUUUCUCGAAUCAAAUUCGCUGACUAUGGUCAGCCCGGUGGUUCAUCAUGUGAAACGCUUAAACGUGGAAACUGCGGUGCGCCGGCUACUUUGAGACUCGUCAAAGAGAAUUGUCUUGGAAAAGAACGGUGUAGGAUUUAUAUUACAGACGAGAUGUUUGGGCCGACGCAUUGUAAAGGACCUGUUAGCUUCGUUUUUUCUGCUAUUUGUAAAAAAACUUGAGCUUUCUUAUUUCAUACGUUAAGGGAAAGUAAUUCUUAUAACCUUUUUUUCUUCCCUUUAAUGUUUUGAUGGAUCGCAUCAUUUUUGUUGUUAAUUUACGUAAUCCACGGAAUUUAAUUAUGAUUUUG